AUGCGCUUCCCUAUCUGCAAAGACUCGGCAUUGACUUGCGGUUCAAGGGUCACUUGUCCUACGACAUACUCAGUGGAGCGUCCAACCGGAGCAAACGGCCAUGUACCUUUGGUAGACUUAUGGCUCAACCCAGUUGUCGUCGAAGAAGCGUUCCGCUACGUUGCAGGGGAAAAGCUGUACUAUGAACGGAUCCCAGGUUCAAAGAGUGUUCCGCGGCCACCUUUCACGGCGCUUGACAUCAAAGUAGGCGAUUGGGAGCCAUCUGUCGAAGGCUACAGGAAUUCAGCCUCGCCCAUCUUUCCGACCUUCCUGUAUACCUGCCAGUGGGUUUUUUGUCAGCCUGGUAAGGCUGAUAAAUUGCUCGAGUAA